AUGUUAUAAAUUUUCGUUUUUUCUAUUUUGUCAUUAUUGACAGAUGGAUUUAAAGUGUUACGUCCAUCAUUUGUGGAAAGAAAUAGAGUAGAAAUGUCAUUCAGUUAACGAAUGAGUUACAAUUUUGGAAAUAAUUUUAACAUGUAUACAAGUGAUGGAGUUAUAAUUGACGAUAAAUAAAUAUAAUUUGAAAAACCAGGUAGAUUAGUUAUGAAUGUACCUUUGGUUGAGGGAAUAGAUUAUGCUAUACAAUUUAAAUUUGAAAGUUUGAAUGCCAAUCAUAUUGCAUGUGUAGGUAUUGGUAGUUAAGGAUUCAUUUUAUCUGAAGUUUUAGGAGUUGAAAAAACAAACCUUAGUCAUUUUUAAUUAGGGUAUUGUAGUGAUGGUACCAAUUCAACCUAAUAUCCUGAUAUGUAUACAGAUUUUAAUGAAUUUGAUUAUUAUACUGAUGAAGAAUUUGAUGAAAUAGAUUAUUCAUUUGGAGAAUCAUAAAUGACAAAUAUAUUUGGAUAAAAAGAAUUUUAUAUGGUGUUAAGAGAAAGAUAAUUAAUAUUUAUGGAUAAUGAAGAGUAUAUAAUAUUUUAUAUAAAUUUAGUUCUAUUUUAACUAUAUUUAAUGAUUUAGAUAGAGCUAGAUCGUUUGUUCCUAUUAUUACUAUGCAUUAUAGGAAUGAAAUUUAAAAAAAGUUAAUAAAGAAAAGAGAAUGUGUUAUAAGAGAAGAAUUUGCAAUAUUUCUUUAAUUAGUAGGUUAAUUAAAUCCUUUCAAAAGAGAAAUGCCGCCAGAAAUGAAAGCUUAGAGAGAAUAAGAGAAAAGAAAAAAAGAAACUGAAUUAGCAAAAAUGUUAAAAGAAAAAUCAGAUGAAAAUGAUUCAGGAGAAGAAGAAGGAGAAGAAUAGGAAAAAAAAGAUGAAUAAGAAGUUACAGAUGAAGAUAUAAAAAAAGAAUAGAAAGAAGCUGUUAAAAGAAGCGAAGAAACUAAAAAAAUGCAUGAAGAAACAUAAAAUUAAGGUGAAGAAUAAUCAGAUUAAGCAGCCAUGGCUAUUUUAGGAGAAGAAGAUAAUUUAAAUGAAGAGAAUGCUUUAAAUGAUUAAGAUAAAAUUGUAGAAGGAGAAGAAAAUUUAAAUGAAGAUUAAUUAAAUCAAGAUAAUGAAUAAAUAAAAGAAAAUUAAUAAUAAGAUUAAUUAGAAUAAGAAGGUAAUUUAGAAGAAGACAAUAAACAAGAUCAAAGUUAAGAUAAAGAAAAUUAAUAAAAUUAAAAUACUUAAAAUGAUGAAUAGAUAUCUAAAAAUAUGGAUGAUAAUUAAUAAGAAACAUAGUAAGAUUAAAUAUCAAUUGAUGGAAAUUAAGACUUAUCAUAAAAUUAAGAUUAGGAAAGUUAAGGUGAAUUAUAAUCCUAAGAUUUAAAUGAUUAAGUUAUGAAACCUGAAGAUGAUACAACAUAAAGUUUUUUCAAUAUUUUAGAUAUAUAAUCUCAUAUUAUUUAUCCUACUUAAUUCACUAGAUAAAUUGUACCUCUAAGAAAUAGUGUAGUUGUUGAAAAUAAAUAUACUGUUUUUUAAGAUAAUUAGAGAUUAGCUAAACCUCUUUAAGAUUAUAAAAGUUGUGGUUAUUCCUAUUUGGAUAUACGUCCUUCCUAAAAUAAUUUCUUUGUUUAAAUUUAAAUUGAUAAUUUUGAUGAUUUAUAUGAUCCUUAUCCUAUUGGAUUUGGAGUAUAUGCUUAUUAAAUGCUUGAUAGAUUAAAAGGAUGGAGAAAUUUAGAUGAUCAAUUAUGGUGUAUUGAUAAAGAAAGUGAAGAUUUAUGGUAAUUUGGUGCUCUUUAUCGAUCAGAUGGAACAUUUAUUGAUAGUUAUAUGUUUGGAGAAUAUUUUAAAUAUUAAGUAGAUAAAUAAGUUGAAAGAUAAUCUAAAAUUAAUAUUUAUUUCUCUAAUAAAAACAGAGUGGCAUUCAGUUUUGAUGAUGAAAAAACCAUUAUGUUAACUUGUGUAAAUCCAAAAUUCAAAUAUUAUGUUCCAAUUUUUGAAACUAAAGCUUAUAAAGGUGUACCUUCUAUUACAUUAUUAUAAUAUAUUGAUGACAUUUAAAUUCCAUUUGAGUAUUCUGAUAGUAUUGAAAACAUUUAGAAUGCUUUUAGUAAAAUAUUUAAUCUAAUCUCAAAAUUUAUUAUUGAAAAAAGAGGUUCAUUCAAUGAAAAUGAUGAUGAUUAUACAAUCUCAGGAAUAGAUGAUACUAAAAGUGCUUCAAUAAAUAUGUGGGAUAUAAAACUAUAUGAUUCUCAAUAUGAAUGGUGGAUUAAAAUUGAAGAUUUAAAAUAAGAUAAAUAAGAUAUUAAUCUUUGUAUUGGAAUAAAUUAAAUGAGUUCUGAAGAUAUUUUAACAAGUCUAUUUGAUAGAUAAUACAAAGCUUAAGUUGCUUAUCUAUGUGAUAAGAAUGAUUUUAUUCAUACAUUUUUUUAAGAAUGUCCAAUAAGUUCUAAUCCUAUUCUCUUUGUUCCAGGAACUGUUUUAAGAUUUAGAUUAAGUGAUUACUUGAUGGAAGUUCAUGAUGGAUAUUAAUUUGUUUAUUUUUCUCUUAGAAAAGCUGGAAAAACUGGAAUAAUUCCAAGUGCAAUAAUUAAAUCUGAUUCUAAAAAUAAAAUCACCUUUUUGAAAGGUCCAAUAAGUUUUGGACCAAAUCCUCUUGCUGAUAGAGUUGAUUUUGAAUAGUUAAAUAGAGAAAAUUUUGCAAGUUAUGAUAUAUUUACAUUUCCUGUUUUAGAAAAUGCUAAAAAUGGAUUAUUUAAAUCAAACACUAAUGAACCUUUAUUUAAAAAAAAUUAAAUACCCAAACCAGGUAGAAAAGAACCUCCUUUAGGAAAAAACUUUGAAGUAGAACAAGAAGAACAAAAAAUUGAAGAAUAAGCCUCUAAUUUAGAAUCUUAAUAAGAAGAAGAAAAAGAAUUAGAAAAUGAAGAUGCUUAAAAAAUAGCUUCAUCUAAUAUUCCAACUGAAUCUCAUGCCACUAUAUGUAUUAUAUUAUUUUAUUUUAGAUGGAGAUACUAAUGUUAAAUGUUUAAUUAUCUAUGAACAUUGUGAUUUUGAAGGUCCAAGUAAAUUACUUUAUCCAAACCGAUUUGAAGCUGGUCCUCCUAAUGAAUUUAGAUCUUUUGAACUUUGUCGUGAUACUAAACUCAUUGAAAUUGUUAUCGAAGGACAUGUUCAAGAAAAGAUGUUUGUAUCUUAAUCAGUAGAAUGUCUCCCUAGUCCCUUUUUUGUAGAUGAAAUUAUUAUAAUAUGA